UUGGUAUCUGAUUUGUAUAGCAAGUUAAAUUACCGUGAAAGGUGUACGUCUAUCAGUAAAAUUUCCUUCUGCCACUAGUGAUCAUAAACAGGUACGCGAAAUGUUUUGAUACGGAGCAGAAGUUGUGAAACAAAGAAGCCAUCCUGAAUCGAUACUGCUGCGUACUUGGAGUAAAAGAAACCAAGGUUCCAUUGUCGGUGGCAUAGUUCCACCGUCGGAGCAGUACAUAUAUUGUAAUUCAAAUCCGGGUUUAAAUCAAAAUGUCUAAAACAGUGAAACGACCAACGGCAGGAGUUCGUCCUAGUUGCUAUAUUCCUGCUCGAUUAGAAGAACGUCGUACUAGAGCAAGGAUCUUGCGUCAGGAACGACGAAGAAAGCCUGAUAAACCAGAUGAUUUUGUAACGUACGAAGAUAGUGAUAGUGAGGAGGAAACUCCAGCCCAGCAGCACCAGGUUCUUAGCACAUCUUUCAAUUUUGUGGAUUAUGUACGCAGUCGAGAAUCGGAUUUAAGAGAAGAACGCAGUGUUGAUCCAGCUUAUGCCAGUAGGCAUAUCCUGACACAUGACAUGUUCAAAGAAACUCCGAUCUCACUAGGAAACAUAAAUAAGGUGUUUUGUUCACAAUGGCUUAGCAAUCGACAGGUGGUAUUCGGAACCAAAUGCAAUAAGCUGAUGGUGUAUGAUGUUAACACUCGAAAGGUAGACGCAAUUCCUACAUUGCCGAAUAAUCGUGGGGCGAGUCCUGAUACACAAUGCGGCAUUCACGCGUGUCAAAUUAAUCCGAGCCACAGUCUGUUAGCGACAGGCGCUCGGCAUUCUGCCGAUAUUGCAUUCUAUCGGCUUCCGACACUUGAUCCGCUGUGCAUAGGUGAAAACGGCCAUCGGGACUGGGUAUUUGACAUGUGCUGGCUAGACGAUCAAUUUUUGGUGUCAUGCUCAAGAGACACCAAGGUUGCACUGUGGCGAAUCAAUGAAGAAACAAUGGAGUUUCCAACGAUAAGUAAAGAGGGCGAAGAGCAAGAGACCGUCCCGACGUAUGCGCAUGUAAAUCCCGUUUCGGUAAAAGAGUGCCGUGGGGCUCAGAAAAUCAGGGCGCUCUGCUUUAAUAAAGAAUACCGGGAAAUUGCACUGCUAUCGUUGAACGGCUAUAUGCAUCUAUUCAACGCUGAAACAUUUGCGCAAAAAUUAUCCAGAAAACUCCCCAAUUGUCAGGAAAAUGUUUGCAUUGCUUGUCAAACUAACGGGCUAUAUGCAGUGGGCUGUCGUUCGUACACUUUACUUCUAGAUCCCAGAACGCUGCAGGCGGUAAAAAAGGUGGCCUCUCGUUACAGCGGCUGUGGUAUACGGUCUGCUAGCUUUCAGGGUAACAUUCUUACUAUCGGAACAGGACUAGGAAUGUUGAUGUUCUAUGACAUUCGUGCAGGCAAAUAUCUCGAAUCGCAAACUAGUGCAUCUCGGACGGUUGUGUUAAAAGCUAGUCGAGGCUAUGUAGCACAAUUUCCCGAGGAGGAAAUAGAUAACUUCCAGCAAAUCAAAUACACUCCGGCUAUUUAUACGCAUUGCUACGAUAGCAGCGGCAUCAGACUAUUCACGGCAGGGGGACCCCUACCGGCCACACUCAUAGGUAACUAUGCGGGAAUUUGGCAAUAGAAAACACCGCAGUCAAGCCGGUUUGACUAAUAGGAGAAGUUAGUAGACAAUGGAGUACACAUAAUUUAUUUUGCAGUAAUCUUGCGCAAUCGGUUAAAUGAGUUCGAUGAUAAGUACUUUGCGUUGAAGCGCAUAUUCAGAUUAUGCUGAAAGUACGGGCUAUUACUUCUAUCCUGUUAUAGAUUUGAGUGUUUUCAACUAUAAAUUUUUAUAACAAUUCAAACAGCAAAUCAUUUAUAGUUAGACUUGAUAAACCGAUCGAUGGCGCUACGGCCCUAAAAACGUUAGCAGAUUUUGUCUUGGGGUAUCUAGAAAGCUAGUAACGCCAUGAAAUAACACAUGCAAAAAAAUUGCUUUUAAUAUCAACAGAUUUGAUCUUUUCCAUGCCUUCUGUAAGAAAAAGAUUUGUUAAACGUAUUAUUUUUUUUUUGAUCAGAAGAAAUAUCGCUAAACUGAGUGUCUCCUAACAAAACUAGACUGUCGCAGUCGAUCAUAUUUAGGUCAGUUUUUGUUUACGUGUUACAUCCGAAUUUGAGCGUAACGUACGCGAAAAUCGUUCAACAUCACUGGUGAUAAAAAAAGAACGAAUUCAUUUUAGGUUGGACAACAUACACCAAAAUUAAUCACACUUUAUUCGUCAUGUUUGUAUCAAAUGAAAAAUCAACUGAAGAAAUUAAUCGAAAUUAAACAGUAAUGUGAAUACAGAACCGAUUCAAAUACCUACAUAUAUGUAUCCUUUUGAAACGCGCGCGCAAAAGACAACAUCACAUUUAUUUCCAAUAAAUUAGAUUUGAAACUAUCCUGGGCCUGGAGCUUGCAUAAUAGUUCGAAAAGGUUUGACGAAGUGCGCCCACUCUAAUGCAGUGCAUAUAUGAAAGAUGAUGAACGUUAUGAACGUUAUUUUGCAAAUAUUUUUCCUAAUGUAUCAUUACCUAAUAAUUCGGAUCGCUUGUAACACGUACAGGAGUGAUGAAAUAGAUAUUACGUUACGUUACGUAUUGAAAACGACGCAAACUUGCUUUGAGAAAACAUUCGAAAAGAUCAUGUAUCCAUUACUGAGGGGCUAGCAUUAGCGUAGCUAGUAUUCAGUGUCUUUUGGAAUCUUCUUUUGGAAUCUUUUGGAAUUUCAGACAUUAUAAAACUAAUUGCUCUUAUUCAAUUAAUACAAUGCUAAACGAUCUAUAACAGCAGUGAAACAUGCCGUACUUUCUCAAGAUAAACUGAGACUACUAGCAGUGUGAGGCACGACGCGUGCAAGUGUAGGUUAGAUAUUUUUAUAAUAACUGGAACAAACGCGAGCAAGCAUACAUGCGAAUAAAUGCUAUAGGUUUAGAUUUUGCGAUUCAGCUAAGAAAU